CUGGAACCUCCUCCUACAGCCUCCGAUCCUCAACAACAACAUCUGACUCUCCCUGCAUUGCCUGCUCUGCUCCUGCUUCCCGACGCUCCUUGACCGACCCCAGCAACAUGUCCCGCCUCGCCGUGAUCCUCGCCGGCGCGGCCCUCCUCGUCGCCGUGCGCGCUGGUGCUGCACACGAGCACCACUCGGGCAUGCAGCAGUUCUUCGACAAGCUCUUCCCCUUCGAGAGCCCGGCGUAUAAUUCGAUCCUCGCAACCUUCUACAUCUCCUCCGUCCCCAACUUCAUCCUCCUCGCCGUACCCGCCGACCUCGAGCCCAGCAGCCUCAACACCAUGAUCGCCUUUGCGACAGGUGGACUGCUGGGCGACGUCUUCCUCCACCUCGUCCCCCACGCAUUCUUCGGCGAGCACUCAUCCGGGGCUGUUGUCGUCGACGAACGACGGAAUAUCGUGAUCGGAGGCGCCAUCUUCCUCGGCUUCGCCGCCUUUUUCGUCCUUGACAAGACUAUGCGCGUGCUGAGCCACGUCUCUGGCGGCGACGGCGGCGGCCACUCGCACAGCCACGGGCACGGCCACAGCCACGGCGGCCACAACCACAGCCACGGCACCUCGAGCGCGAUCGCCAAGUCGGGAGGCGAGUUGCGCAAGCGCAAGAAUGGCGAUACCGCCGAGAUCACCGACGAGAUUGAGGUGAAGGAGGAGAAGAAGCAGCCAAAUGCCUCCCUCCGCCUGUCCGCCUACCUCAACCUCUUCGGCGACUUCACCCACAACAUUACGGAUGGUCUCGCUAUGGCCGCCUCGUUCUACUCGUCUCCCGCUCUCGGCGCGGUCACGACGAUCGCUACCUUCUGCCACGAGAUCCCGCACGAAGUUGCUGACUACUCGAUUCUCAUCAAGUCUGGCUUCACUAAGUCACAGGCGAUGGGGUCGCAGUUCUUCACGGCCGUCGGCGCGUUCGUCGGCACCUUCCUGGGCAUCUGGAUUGCCGAAUCGGCGGGUGUCAGCGAUGCCCACAUCGUCAAGCCUGGCGAGGGGUUGUUCGGCACCACGGCAACUGGCGCCGAGCUCGUCAUUCCCAUGACAGCUGGCGGCUUCCUCUACAUCGCAAGUGUCAGCGUUAUUCCCGAGCUGCUGGAAGAGUCGCGCAGCGCUAAGCAGGCACUGAAAGAAUACGCUGCAAUGGCAUUCGGCGUGUUCUGCAUGGCUGUGAUCGCGUGGAACGAGUGACGCUGUGCCAUAGAUGAUGAGAUGAUCUAGUCCAAAAUUCGGUGAUCGGGG